AUGCUUUGUGAUUUUAUAAGGACUUUUUAGAACUCUUACAACAAAUUCAUAUCAGAAUAAUAUUAAUCAUGGAAAAAGUAGGAAUUCUAAAUGGAGAUGGACUUGAUUCAAAUUCCAACUCUUUUCAUAUCGUUUAUGAUAAUCUUAAUAAAAUUGAUCAUUAACAAAAGUGAUUAGGAACUUUAUAUUCAACUAAGUAUUAACUGCUUUUCACAUUUAUUUUUGGGGAUACUCAUCAAAAAGAACCAUUCUUGUAAGGCUAUCAUGACUCAUAUAAUUAGAAUUUGUUAAAUAAUUCUGAUUAAUUGGUAUUGUCUAUAUUUUUAUAUGUCGAACCCAUCAUUUUUAUUAAUUUACACCACAUUUAAUGUAAUUUAGUUUAAUAUGGCUUACACAAUAUUAGUAAAAUUGAUAACAUUAGGAAUAUGCAUGGGAGGGUAUUUAGUAUCAGUUGAAGAUAAAUCUUAUGAAUGUUUGGGAUUAUUUAUUCUUAUAAUGAUUAUACACAUGAUACGAAGAGAAGGGAAUCUAAUGUCAUUUUAUUCAAAACUUUAGGCAUUGUUUCUUAUUAUAGAUACAAUUCCGUCGGCCAUGUGUAUUGUCUAGAAAAACAAAAGUUAGUUGCUUUAUUCAAAUAAAAGCUUUGAAAACCUAUCAUUAACUCUAGAGGGAUCGAAUAAUUCUGAUACUGAUCAAUCACCUGAUAGAUUCAUCAAUUAUUAAAAAUUAUAAUUGCAUUUCUUAUCUAAUCUCUAAUUAACUGAAUUGAAUUAAUAAGGAAUAUCAAUAAUAGAUUUUGAUGAUGAAUUGCAGAUCGAUUAGUAUAAGAUAAGAAAAGUGAAUUAUAAAAAAGAAGCUCUUAGUCCUGAUUGUGGAUCUAGGUAGUUGAUUUUCAAUUUGAGCGAUAAUCCUCCAAUCAAUAAAAAGAUAUAAUAUAAAUAAGAAUUCUUUUCAUCAUUUAAAAUGAAGGAUGAUGAAUAGGUACUCAAAAAGUAAUAUACUGCUGAUAUAUCCUUAUAAGUUGAACUUAGGCAUCAACCCUAUAUGUGUACAUUGAGUUCCAAGAAGAAACAAAGGAAGAGAUCAUCAAAUAGACUCAGUAUCAACAGGCCAUCAACGCCUACAAGUGGUAAGUUAUCUUUUGAGUAGAUGUUGAGGGAGAAUAAUAAUCAAAAAUAUCAAAAUUCAUCACCAUCAACAAUGAAUCAUGAUAUGAAGUUCUUGAUACAUGUGAUAGAAAAUUAUAAAUUAUUUGAUGAAGAAGACGAUUUCCAAAUAUUUUUUGUCCAUGAAUUGAAUCCAGUUCUUCUAAAAACUAGUUUGAAAAAAUUAGAAUCAGUAAAGAAGAAUUUAUUAAGAUCAAUUUCUCACGAGAUGCUUACAAAUUUGAAUGCUGCAUAUGGUUACAUAAAACAAUGUCAGGAUAGGUUAUUAAAAGGAGAAGAGAUGACAGAACUAUUGGCUUGUGCAUUGAGAUACACAAAAUUGCAAUUAUUCAAAGUGCAGGAUUUUUUUGAUUACAGAUAUUUAUUAGAUAACAAAUUAAAAUUGAGGGAAGACAAAUUUGAAUUGAUUAAUGCUAUUACGGAAUGUGUAGAUUUAAUUAAAGAUUAGAUAUAUAGAAAAUAGUUGAGUUAUUAAUUAGAUAUCCCUGAGAAUUGCGCAUAUAUAGUGAAAGGAGAUCGAUAGAGGUUUUGUCAAGUUAUAUUGAAUUUAUUAACGAAUGCGAUAAAGUUUACUAUUUAAGGUGGAAUUACUGUAGAAGUGAAAAAAAAGAAAAACUCUCCGUCUUGUUUUGGUAUAAUUGACGAGGUCUAAUCUUAAUUGUCUUAGGAAGAUUCGAAUAUUUUGGAAAUUUACAUUAAAGAUAGUGGUCUAGGUAUGGAUGAGGAUGAAUUGGUGACUCUGAGAAAGAAAGUAAGUUGUAUAUAAUUAAAGAUAGUUACAUGUUGCAGAUGAGGAUGAAAAGGUAUCGAAAUAUUCUGUUGGUGUUGGUUUAGGUUUAUCAGUUUGUAAAUCAAUAAUUCGAUAAUUGGCCCCAGAAAAUUCUAAUCUAUUAUUUGUUGAUUCUGUGAAGGAUAGUGGAUCAUCAUUUUAUUUUAGUCUAAGAUAUAUUGAAGAGAAAUCCUCCAUUCAAAAAUCGUAAUAAUUGACUAUCCCAUAUUAAGAUGCAUAAAGUGCAUCUGUGAAAGUGUUAAAUUACAAUAAAGGCCAUCAAUUGACUGCAAUCAAUAUAUUUAAAAGAAGCAAUUCUAAUGAUUUGUCAAUUGAAAUUCCUAAAAAGAGAUAGGAUCAAUGUAAUUGUGAGACCAUUUUGAUAGUCGAUGACGAGUAAUUUAACAUUGAUAUUAUUUGUCACAUCAUCAGAGAAAUGGGAUUCUAAACAGAAACUGCCUUUAAUGGUAAAUAAGCAAUAGAAAAAAUCUCUAAGAAAUUAUAGGAUAAAUGUAGUGGAAAAUGCACUGGGUAUCAUUGUAUAUUGAUGGACAUAAACAUGCCUUUGAUGAGUGGGUGGGAGGCUGUUUAAAUCAUUCGGUAAAUGGAAUGUGAAUUAUAAUUGGUAAAGGCAAUUCCUGUAGUAGCUGUAACUGCUUUUUGUAGCAUAUAGGACUAAGAAAAGAGUAUUAAUGAAGGUUUCGACGGAGUAAUAAUCAAGCCAGCUACUAAAGAGAAGAUUAAAGGGUGCUUCGAAAAUCUAAAUUUAUGA